CUAAACCAUCCACAAUUUUUUUGAAUCACCAUCACCAUCUAUCUCUUUCUCUCUUUAUCAGAGUUCAAACAAAAACUUUCUCUUUAAUUACAAAUUGAAAAAACUGAAACCUUUGAAUAAACUCACGAACGUACUGUUCAAUCUUCUACUCUGCUUUUGCUGUUGUUGGAAUUUGACAAAAUGGCGUCUCAGAGACAUUUAAAGGAUCUUCUAGAAGAAGACCAGGAGCCGUUUCAGCUUCAGAGUUACAUCUCCGAUCGGCGUUGUCAAAUCAAUCCUCCGGCUCCGGUAACGCAUUUACAGGUCAAGAAACGCAGACCCAUCUCUCAGAACGCGGGACUUCCUUCGCGUUUCUGCCGCAACGCUUGUUUCUUCUCCCUACGUGAAUCUCCUGACCCGAAGAAAUCUCCACUCUUCGAACUCAAGUCACCGAACCGAAGCCAAAACGCGGUUUUCGUCAAUAUACCAGCGAGAACCGCUUCGAUUCUACUAGAAGCUGCGGUUAGGAUACAGAAACAGUCGUCGUCUGACGCUUCAAAAACGAGAACGCGGAACGCAGGAAAUGCGUUUGGGAUAUUUGGGUCAGUGUUGAAGAAGCUAACGCAGCGGAAGAAACGCGAAAUCAGCGGCGUUAAAGACGGUGGUCGAGUUUCUUCGGUGAAAGAUAUGUUGAGAUGGGAAUCUCCAGUUGUUCGUAAAAUAGUCACAAGAAAAUCUAAACGCAAAGAAGAAGAAAAGUCCUACCAAACGCAGAAAAUCGCGUCCGAGGCGCAGUUCUCACGGAGGUCUAGUAGUAGUUGUGUUUGGUCAGAGAGUGUUACCAACGGAGAGAGAUCUUGGGACUGCGAUUUCGAAACGUCGAUUAGCUCCAGCAGCCGAUCGGACGGCUCAGAUGAGUUUGCGUGUGGAUUGAUGAACGGUUCAGAUUUCUCGGAGGAUAAUAAACGCUUUUGUGAAAGCCCGUUUCAUUUUGUCCUCCAAACGAUGUCUUCUCCAGGCGGUUUCAGAACGCCGAAUUUCUCAUCGCCUGCGGCUUCUCCACGCCACGAUUGUCAAGAGAUGAAGAAAGGGAGUAGUGAAGCAGAGAAGCUAAAGAAACUAGAAAUGGAAGAGGAAGAAGAAGAAGAAGAUAAGGAACAGAGCAGCCCAGUUUCAGUUUUGGACCCUCCAUUUCAGGACGAUGACGAAGACAUUCACAUGGAUGACAACAACAUCACUUCCAGCUUCAGAUCUGUACAAAAAGCAAAGCAUCUCCUUCUACAGAAGCUUUGUAGAUUCGAGCAACUCGCGGGUUUGGAUCCCAUGGAACUCGAGAAAAGAAUGUCAGACCAAGAGACCGAGGAGGAGAGGGAAGACGAAGAAGAAGAGAUGGAGAAUCAGUAUCAGUGUGAGAUUAUAACUCAGAGAGUUCUUAAAACGUAUUUUGAAGAUAUGAACGAAGUUCCCGAAGGCAUAGAAGAAGCAUUGAUCUCAGACCUUGUAGCGGAGGAAUUGCAAAACGGCAGCGGUUUCCUUGACGAUGAAGCCGAAGUAGCCAAAAGAGUAUGCGAGAGGUUGAGAUCUUGGAGAGAUGUGGAGUCAAACACAAUCGAUAUGAUGGUCGAACAUGAUUUCAGAACAGAGAGUUUGGGGUCAUGGAGAUCAAAGAACGAUGCAGAAGUCUCAGAGUUGGUUUUGGAUAUCGAGUUUGAGAUUUUUGAGGAUUUGGUUGAAGAAUUAUCAGAAGACAUUGGCGGAGAUCGGUUUUGAUAUUCGGGUAGCUUCCGUCACAAGUAAUAACAACUAACCUGCGGGAAAUUUUAAAUGGAUGGUGAGUGUAUGUAAAAGUUUUGCUUGAUGAGAGUAUUAAGCCUUUGUGCAAUUCCUUAAGAGAACUGAGAAAUUCAUAAGAUCGGUGAAGUUCUCAAAUCGGAUUGGGUCGUUGUAGUUGACAAUUAGAGAAAAUAUGGAUCGAAAUUUAUAACUGAUCGAAAGCAUAUCGAGAAUGGUAAUACAAAUUUAAAAUAUACAUAUGGC